UCAGCCAUUUUGAAGUCGUAACACUCGUAACAUAAUAUUACUUUGCUGUUGUAUUAUUUAGAUAUCGUUUAUGAUAUUCAUAAUUAAUAUUCGCCGGCACUAAAAAUUUCACCGAUACUUUUCAGGCGUACGUCAUCCGUUUGAACUACCAACAUUUCAGGGGUCAAUUUCAGAACUUCCCGUUCCUAUGGUUACUGUUGUGUAAACACAAUACUAGCGAGAACGUCUACCAGGUGCCCUUGGUUUCUCUUUUAUAUCAGUCAGAGUAAGGCAGUCAAACGGUCAACUUCUUCCUUAAUGAAUAUUUUUUGAGCUAAAAUAUAAUAUGGACAUGAAGAGAUUCAAUGAUGGUCAUUCAAAUGCUCCAUUCAAACGACCUAAGAUGGGUCCUGAUGACAUAGAAUUGAGAGUUCUUAUUCCAAGCAAGGUUGCUGGUUCAAUUAUUGGUAAGGGUGGCUUCAACAUAUCCAGGCUACGGACAGACUACAAUGCCACAGUCACUGUCCCAGAUUGCCCGGGCCCUGAACGAAUUUUAACUAUCAUAUCAAGUAAUGAUAAUGCUUUGAAAGUUUUGGGUGAAGUAAUGGGUAAUUUAGAAGAUGGUGGUUCAAGAUUUAAACGUGGUGGUGGAGCUGGCGGCGGUGGUCAAGGAAAUAAUGAUAAUCAAGGAGAGACUGAUGUUGAUGUCAGAAUGUUGGUUCACCAAAGUCAAGCUGGGUGUAUUAUAGGAAAAGGAGGAUUAAAAGUGAAGGAGUUAAGAGAAAAAACUGGAUCGCGAAUUAAAAUUUACACAAGUUGUUGUCCUAUGAGUUCUGAUAGAGUUGUUCAAAUAACAGGAAAGUCUAAUACUUGCUCAGAUUGUGUUAGAGAAGUUCUUGAUUUGUUAAAAACUGCACCUGUGAAAGGAGCAGAAGAUCCAUAUGAUCCCAAUAACUAUGAUGAAUAUUAUUCAGAUGAAUAUGGUGGUUAUGGUAAUCCAGCCGGUGGUGGUGGCAUGAGAGGUGGCAAUAUGAAUCGUGGACCUCCUGGACCAGGAAGAUUCCAAGGAGGUGGCGGUGGUCCUAUGAAUAAUCGUGGAAUGUAUUAUUCCAGGGGUGGCGGUGGACGUGGCGGUGGAGGAGGUUUUGGCGGUGGCGGUGGAUUCAGUAACAAUGGUGGAGGAAACUAUGGAGGCAAUGCUGGAGGAUAUGGAGGUGGACCUGGUGGUUAUGGAAACAAUGUUGCAUCCGGAAACUUUGGCGGCGGAGGUGGUGGUUAUGGUGGUGGCUUUGAUGAUGGUUCUAUGAGUGAUUUUAGUAUGCCUCCUCCAGCUAUUAUGGGUGCUGGAGCUGGAAAACCUGCUGCUUUUAAUGGUUCUACGCAAGUCACUAUUCCGAAAGAUCUCGCGGGCGCGAUAAUCGGCAAAGCCGGCGCUAGAAUCCGUCGUAUACGCCAAGAUUCGGGAGCCGGAAUCACAAUUGGCGAACCAACUGAAGGCUCAGAUGAACGAAUAAUUACUAUUAAUGGCACGGACAGUCAAAUUCAAAUGGCACAAUAUUUAUUACAACAAUGCGUUCAAGCCCAAAAACCUGGAGGUCCUGGUGGCGACGGCUUCAUGUAAAAAUUUAAUUAAAAAACGCAACUUGUUUUUUGCUAUUCAAUUAUGUUUUCAAUCAUAUAUUAUACUCAUUUCAUACUA